AUGUCACUAGAGACUCCAGACAAAGCGAACGGCGACAAUGCGGUGAACGAGCACCACGUUACUGGUCUAGCACUUGCUGUCCUCGUAUCUGGUCUUUGUCUGGCGACCUUCACCGUUGCCCUCGACAAUACCAUUAUCGCAACGGCGAUCCCCCGGAUUACGGAGUCGUUGCACUCGCUAGAAGAUGUUGGAUGGUAUGGCUCGGCGUACUUGAUGACUACUACCGCGCUGCAACCGUCGUUCGGCAAGCUGUACACGUUCUUUGACAUCAAAUACUGCUACAUUACCGCUCUGUUCAUCUUCGAGAUUGGCUCCAUUAUCUGCGCUGUCGCCAAAAACUCGGUCACUCUGAUAGUUGGAAGAGCCGUCGCAGGAUGUGGAGCAGCAGGCGUCUUUUCGGGGGGCAUGACCAUCAUCGCCCUUUCGACGGAUAUUCGAGUACGGUCUACAUACAUUGCGGUGAUAUCUAGCAUGUUUGGAAUUGCCUCAAUAGUGGGGCCUGUUCUUGGAGGUGCACUCACCAAGAACGUGUCCUGGAGAUGGUGCUUCUGGAUCAACUUGCCGUUAGGGUUUGCUUCGGUCGUCGCUACAUUCUUUACCUUGAGGGACUACAGUCAACCUCGUCAGCAGCUUAGUAUCGGGCAGAAAAUCUGGCGCCUGGACAUCCCCGGUGCUCUCCUCUUGGCUGCCUCGGUAUCCUGUCUCCUUGUCGGGCUGCGUCUCGCAGGAGGCACUUCCACCUGGUCGUGGAACGAAGCUCGUGUCUGGGGUUGUAUGUUGGGCUUUGGCCUCCUGCUGGUUGCGUUUGUUGGCAGCCAAGUCUUGCAGAAGGAUCACAGAGCAACUAUUCCAAAGCGAAUGUUAAAGCAGAGAACAAUGGUUGCAGGAUGCUUGUUCAGUCUCUUCCUGGCCAUGGGUCUCUACAUCCACAUCUUCUACCUGCCCAUCUAUUUUCAAUCAGUCCAAGGCGCCUCCGCACAAGGUUCUGGAGUACGCAUCAUCCCAUAUCUAACAAGCUGGACCAUCGCCGCCAUCGUCUCCGGCGGCGCUAUCACCACCUUCGGCCCUUACGUACCCUGGACAUGGCUCGGCACGGCGCUUUUUGCGAUUGGAUCUGGUCUGCUCUAUACUCUCGAAGUGGACUCUUCCUCUGGUCGCUGGAUCGGCUUUCAGAUCCUGGCUGGCGCCGGGGUCGGCCUCUGUAUUCAGGUCCCUUACCUAGCUGCUCAAGUUGUACUGCCGCCGGAGGACAUGCCGACCGGUAACGCGCUCAUCAUCUUCUUCAACUCGAUCGGUGGCGCGAUUUUCGUGUCUGUGGGCCAGAAUCUAUUUUCCAAUGAGCUAUCUGCUAAAUUGGCGGACACGGGGCUUUCGCAGGAGCAGAUUGGGCAGGUUAUUUAUGCAGGCGCAACGGGCGUGCGAGGUGCUACACCGGAAGGGUACCUCCCCGCGGUUUUGCAGGCGUAUACGGCUGCGGUGAAGAAGUCGUUUAUUCCGCCGAUGGCUGUGGCGGUGUUGGCGUUCACGAGUACGCUGUUUUUUGAGUGGAAGAGCGUAAAGGCGAAGAAGGAAGAAAAUAACAAAAGCGCUGUUUGA